AUGUCAAAUAAUGAAUUGGCGGAUCAAACAAAAGAAGAGAAAGGAGCAGAGGACAUGUUAGUUGAUAGCGAUUACAGCGGCGCCGCCGAUUCCAAAAAGCCAAAAUUUCGCCCCGCUACAGGUUUCGAAUUAAAUAAUGGUCCAUCACAAAUACGGAAGAUAUUGGUUCCGAGGAAUAGAUUUACACCCUUAAAGAAAGAAUGGAAGAAAAUAUACGAACCGCUCGUGAACCAUUUAAAUCUGCAAGUCCGAAUGAACACUAAAUCGAAUCGUGUAGAAUUGAAAACAUCAAAAUAUACAAGUGACUCGAGUUCUCUUCAAAAGGCUGCCGAUUUUGUACACGCUUUCAUGCUUGGCUUUAAUGUUGACGACGCGAUAGCCAUGUUACGUGUAGAUGACCUUUACAUUGACUCAUUUGAUAUCAAAGAUGUCAAAGUUUUAGAAGGUGAUCAUCUGUCGCGUGCCAUCGGCCGAAUUGCUGGUAAAAAUGGCGCUGUAAAAUUUGCCAUCGAAAAUGCUUCGAAAACUAGAAUUGUUUUGGCAGACACGUCAAUACACAUACUCGGAUCGUUUCAAAAUAUUAAAAUUGCCAAGGACGCAAUCGGAUCGUUAAUAUUAGGUAGUCCACCUGGUAAAGUCUACGCUAAUCUAAAAAUUAUUUCAUCCAGAAUGAAACAGAGAUUUUAA